AUGUCGUCGUCGUUUACUCGGGUCGUGCGUCCUGCGCUCAGAGGUGGACGAGUUCUCACACAGCGCAUCGCCCCGCUAGCCACUGCUCCUCAUUCCAUGACGAGAACAAGCCUUAACACUGCUCGUUCCCUCUCUACAACAUCAUCCCGCCGCAGCGAGCAUGUCGAUAUCUCCGAGAUCCCUCCUACACCUAUUACCCACCUCUCUGAGCUCGAGACCGCCAUGGUUGACACCGUCUCCAAAUUUGCCACAGAUGUGAUUCUUCCUCGCGCGCGUGACAUGGACGAGGCAGAGGAAAUGGACCCAGCUGUUGUCGAGCAGCUGUUCGAGCAGGGUCUAAUGGGUAUUGAGAUCCCCGAAGAGUAUGGGGGCGCUGGUAUGAACUUCACUGCCGCCAUUAUUGGCAUUGAGGAGCUUGCGCGCGCAGACCCUUCCGUCUCAGUGUUGGUAGAUGUGCACAAUACCCUCUGUAACACAGCUAUCAUCAAGCACGGUUCCACUGCUAUCAAGAAGAAGUGGCUUCCACGUCUGGCGACAAACACUGUCGCCUCUUUCUGUCUCUCCGAGCCCGUCUCUGGUUCCGAUGCCUUUGCCAUGGCUACAAGGGCCACCGAGACCGCCGACGGUUUCAAGAUCUCUGGCAGCAAGAUGUGGAUCACAAACUCCAAGGAGGCUGAUCUCUUUAUUGUCUUUGCUAACCUUGACCCCAGCAAGGGUUACAAGGGUAUCUCUGCCUUCCUUGUCGAGAAGGGCACCAAGGGCUUCUCCAUCGCCAAGAAGGAGAAGAAGCUGGGUAUCCGUGCCUCGAGCACAUGCGUUAUCAACUUUGACGAUGUCGAGAUCCCCAAGGAGAACCUUCUCGGCGAGCGUGGCCAGGGUUACAAGUACGCCAUCAGUAUCCUCAACGAGGGACGAAUUGGUAUCGCCGCUCAGAUGACUGGUCUUGCCCUUGGUGCUUUCGACAAUGCCGCCCGCUACGUAUGGAACGACCGUAAGCAGUUCGGCUCUCUGGUCGGUGAGUUCCAGGGCAUGCAGCAUCAGCUUGCCCAGGCAUAUACCGAGAUCACUGCUGCUCGCGCUCUCGUUUACACCGCUGCUCGCAAGAAGGAGGCUGGUGAGGAUUUUGUAAAGGACGCUGCUAUGGCAAAGCUCUAUGCUUCUCAGGUUGCUGGACGUGUCAGUGGCUCUGCAAUUGAGUGGAUGGGUGGUAUGGGCUUUGUCCGUGAGGGUCUUGCAGAGAAGUACUUCCGUGACAGCAAGAUCGGUGCCAUCUACGAGGGUACCAGCAACAUCCAGCUCAACACUAUCGCCAAGCUCCUACAGAAGGAAUACACUUCGUAA